CCGAGAAAGACGUCUUCGUCUGGUACUGCCUGCCAGUCCUAAUAUGUAGAGCUGAACGUAUUUUCUUAGCGUUCUGAUAUAUUAAGAAUUACAACCAUAUAAAUUGCAUAACGAAACGUAUUUCCCUAGAGGUAAAUAAGUUCCAAGCUAUAUGCACAGAAAGGAAGGGCAACUAACAUUUUGUGGGGAAUGUAACACAAAAUGGAAAUAUCUGUAGUCAUAUAUCACGUUAGUCAUAGUUGUUGUUAGUCAUAGCUUUAGCUUACCUAUUAGCAAUCAGUGCUAGCGUACAUAUAUCUAUAUAUGUUGCCUUAUAGUGUAGAAUAACAUUAAUUGGUAUAUGAACCUAUAUAUUAACAAUGGACUCUUCAUUUUUGCAGCUUUUUGUAAGAAAGUAUCUAUUCAAGUUGCCCAUUUCAAUUUAUACUAGAAUUCUCGAUGACUUACCUCGAGGAUAUAUUUACUACUAUGUAUUAAGAAUUCCUGAGGAUGGACUUAACAUACUAGAUUGGUAUUUCAAUAACAAUGAGGUGUUUUUCGACCUUGAUGGAAAUGGCAAUUAUUCUGGGAUGUCGAAGAUUUAUUUCAUAACUUCCGCUGUGACAAUGGUACAACUCUUACAAAUUCCAGAGUUUCGACCUAAGGAAUUGCUUAUAAUGCUAUCAAUGUCAAAUACUGCAAAGGCUGAUCUAGAGAUUUUGAUUGAGCAACUCUACAAAUUAGAUUGUCCACGAGAUAUAGUCCUACGUGUUGGAAAUAUAAACUAUCUUAAUUCACCUGGGCCCACACAACAACAAAUUGAACUUUUCUUGUCAUUCUUCAAUGUGAAAUCUUUAUCUCUAAUUAACUUAGGAGAGCCCUUGAACAAUUUCGAAUUUAGUCUUCUAUCUAGAAAUGUGUUUUUUGAACUUAAGAACUUACAGCAUUUACAUAUGAGUCGCGUCACUGUAACUGAAGGUGACGUUAAACUACCUCCGACCCUAAUCGGACUUACAAUUCAUGAUUCAAAUAUAAGUAUUGAAUCGUUGAAGUUACCCGAAACACUAACAGAAUUGGACAUAGCAAAUAUGCGUACCUCCACUAAUAAUGGUAUAAAACUUCCGCAACGCCUCACCUUCUUAUCCAUUCAUAAUACUAAUAUUCCAGUUGAUACUUUAAUUCUACCAGAAUCACUCAAGGAAAUGACAAUAAGUCACAAUGAGGUCACUGAUGAACAAUUAAAUUUUUUGAAAUGGCCUGGCAAGUUACUGUAUUUGUCGUUGCCUGGAAACAAGUUAACCAUAUUACCAUUAUCGAAAUUUCCACAAACACUAGAAGGAUUAGAUGCUUCUUACAACCAAUUUAUAGAUACCAUAGAUAUAGAUGAUAACACUCGGUUGCCAAAUCUAAGAGUACUUAAUAUGCGGUGUUGUGCAGCUAACUUUAAGAUGCUUUCUAAAUUAAGUAAUAAUUGGCCAUCCAGUUUAGAGCACUUGGAAAUGUCUAAACAUGACUUGAUCAAUACCUUAUCUCUAACCAAUUUGACAAACUCAAUUGAACAUAAAUCCAUCCCAGUGAUUCUGAGGUCAACAAAAAUAAGAUUUCCAAAUUCACUUAAAUAUCUAUCGAUUGCCUUGGAAGAACUCCCUGAGAAAUUUGAAACUCCUUGUGGAGUAAAACAUUUGUACAUUGUGGGUUCUGGGCUUAAUAUAGCAAAUAUGAAGCUUCCCCUAAUGUUGCAAACCUUACAUCUUACAGGGAUUUUUGUUGGGAAUAUUGAAAAUCUUCAUUUGGAUAAGUUUGCAGAACUUAAGGAUUUGAACUUGACAAAUUCUGGUAUAACUUCAAUAGAUACCUGGAUACCACCCCUCACAUUGACUGAUGUACGUAUUUCUCAUAAUCCUAUAAAAAGACUAUCGAAAGAUGCUCCACUUUUAAAAUGUUCCGACCUAAGAGAUCUCUUCUUGGACAAUUGUGAAAUUAGUCAUGUGGACGAAGACGUAGUAUUACCUCCAAAACUCGCCAUGUUGGAUUUAUCGAACAACAAGCUCAGUAGCUGGCACAGAAGGUUCACGGGAGUUUAUGUGGAAAUCAGUGGAAACCCUAGUAGUAGUAAUAUAUUUUUUGAAACUGAAGAUAAUUAACUAUAAUAAUAGAAGUAGGAAGGUUACAAAGUUAAGCUUCUUCAGAUAAUACAAAAAUAUACAUUAACUAUAACAAUACAAAGACAAUGCAACGACAGUUAACUUAAAGUAUAUAGUAUAUAGUGCUAAUACAAAACUGAAGUGCAUGGAUUUACAGUUGUAGUUGAUACGAUUUGAUUCUCUGCCUUCU